CAGGGCCCAGCGCGGUUUCGCGGGGGAAGGUUUAGGGAGCUGUCACCGUCUCCAGACUUCCGGUUCCGGUUUUCAAGUAGAACGGGCCUCCGUCGCCAUGGAGGAACCGGAGAUGCAGCUCAAGGGGAAGAAAGUCACAGACAAGUUCACAGAGAGCGUCUACGUCCUGGCCAAUGAGCCAUCCGUGGCCCUCUACCGGCUCCAGGAGCACGUGCGCCGCUCUCUGCCGGAGCUGGCCCAGCAUAAGGCCGACAUGCAGCGGUGGGAGGAGCAGAGCCAGGGAGCCAUCUACACAGUGGAGUACGCCUGCAGUGCCGUGAAGAACCUUGUGGACAGCAGUGUCUACUUCCGCAGCGUGGAGGGCCUCCUCAAACAGGCCAUCAGCAUCCGGGACCACAUGAAUGCCACCCAGAGCCACAGGUAGCUCCCAGCACCACCCGCCUCUGCUGUUCUCCGCCUCCUUGCCGGAAGGACCUUUGCUGCUCAGCCAGGAACUGCCGCCAUCGCUCCUCUGACAGCUUCCUUUCCGCAUCUCACAAUGCUGCUGGCUUCCUCUUGUCCUUUGGUGUCUGUGGCAGGAGACUUCAGUCACUCAGUCCCCAGAUCCUGAGCUCUGCUGUGUGCCUGGUCCUGGGCUGGGAGCUGGGGACAGAGAGGUGACCAGGACAGGUCUCACAGGGAGGCGCACAGCAGCCAGGCACACACGGAACGGACCAGAACACUUCAGAAACGUGCAGAGGAAACUUGGGGCUCUCUGAUGAGGCAGAGGAAGUGGGAGCGGAGGCCUGGCAGAUUGGCUGA